GUCAACUUGUCUCCAGGUGUGUAGCUGACGUGCCACUUUCUGGGAGGCUGACAGUGGGCUUGCUGUGCUGCUUGCAGGGGUGCAGCCCCUAUCCUUCCAACCAUGGCUCUGUCCUGCGCAUUGAGGCUACUGUCCCGGCACCUUCACCCUUCGAGUGCUCUCCUGAGCACCUUGCCUGGUCAGGACCACAGCCUGCUGAUGGAGAAGACGACAGCAGCAAAGUGGAAGGAGAAGAAAAAGGCCAGGGAGGGCUGCAGCCUGCCAGGUUCCUCCUGGGAGGAGAGGUUAGCGAACGUGGUGACUCCACUGUGGAGACUUCCCUACCAAGAGCAGCUGCAGGUGAAGUAUGAAAGCCAGAAGAAGAUUUUGCAGACACUGGCAUCUCGUCUUGAGGAGCUGGGCAUAGAUGCACAGAAACCUGGUGGACUCUGCUGUCCUCUCCAGCCUGUAGUCCCUUCGCCCGUCAUUAAUGGCUACCGAAACAAAUCUACUUUCUCUGUGAACCGAGGACCAGAUGGGAACCUCAAAACCGUGGGGUUGUAUGUGGGAACUGGCAGAGCAAGAAAUAUUGUCUGUGUGAAAGCCAACCACGUGGAGAACAUACCCCCAAAACACAAACAAGUAGCCCAGUGCUAUGAGGAGUUCAUCCGUUGCUCCCCACUGGACCCCUGCAUUCUCUUCCACGAAGGCGGACACUGGCGGGAGCUCGUGGUACGCACCACCAGCUGUGGCCACACCAUGGCUAUCGUCACCUUCCACCCCCAGGAGCUGGGCCAGGAGGCACUGGCUACUCAGAAAGCAUUGCUUAAGGAGUUCUUCGUGUGUGGACCUGGAACAGUCUGUGCCUUGACUUCACUUUAUUUCCAAGAGAGCACCAUGACACGCUGCUCCCAUGAGCAGUCCCCUUUCCAGCUCCUUCACGGAGAACCGCACAUUUUUGAAGAAGUGCUCGGCCUGAAGUUUCGCAUCUCUCCAGAUGCCUUUUUCCAAGUAAACACGGGUGGAGCAGAAGUUCUGUACCAGGCAGUUGGGGAGCUGAGUCAGGCUGGUGGGGACACCGUCCUCCUCGACAUCUGCUGUGGAACGGGCACAAUUGGUCUCUCUCUGGCUCACCAAAUGUCCAAGAUUAUUGGUAUUGAGGUGGUGGAGAAGGCCAUAGAGGAUGCCAGGUGGAAUGCAGCAUUCAAUGGAAUUUCAAACUGCGAGUUUCACAGUGGAAAGGCAGAGGCCGUGUUACCGCAACUCCUGUCAUCGUGGGAGGAUGCCCGACCCCUUGUUGCUGUGGUGAACCCAUCUCGGGCUGGGCUCCAUUACAGGGUUGUGCAAGCCAUCCGAAACUGCAAGUCCAUCCGAAGGCUGCUCUACAUCUCCUGCAAGCCAGAGGGUGAAGCCAUGAGGAACCUUCUUGAGCUGUGCUGCCCACCUGACCCAGGGAAGAAGCUGGCAGGAGAGCCAUUUGCCCCCACAUUGGCUAUACCUUUUGACAUGUUUCCUCAUACUGUUCAUUGUGAGCUGGUGCUGCUGUUGACCCGCUGACAGAAGGCAGGUAUGCCAGCUCUGAGAGCUUGGGAAGCAACCUCCUACUGUCCUUAAGACUGGAGUUGAUGUAGUUAAGAUUUUAACUUAUUUUCUUGAAAGUUGUAUAAAAAUAAAUAAUUUUGCCUUUGCUC